AUGGAGGGACACAUCCCUGGCCAGGAAACCAUGCCGACUGACACGGAGCCCUCCAACACUGUCAAGCUGCUGCACCUGGUUUUCCUCUCCACCUCCUGGGGAAUGCAGAUCUGGGUGACCUUUGUGGCUGGGUUCGUGAUGGGCAGCCGCCUCCCUCGCCACACUUACGGCUUCAUCCAGCGCGAGCUCUUCCCCUACUACUUCCACAUCGGCUCCGCUUGUGCCUUCCUCAACCUGACUCUAUUUGCCAUGUACCACCCCAGCGAGCAGCUCAGCGACGAACAAAUGACCCAGAUCAUCGUCUUCUUCAUUUGCAUCGCUGCUUCUGUGCUGAACACACAGUGGUUCGGGCAGGUCACCUCUGACAUCGUGGCCGACAUGCACCUCGUUGAGCGCAGCCACGGCCUUGGCCAGGAGGUUGGGCUGUUUACCACCAAGUCCUGCAGGCAGCUGCGUGUCUCCAACCCCAGCUACGGGCAGCUGUCCCAGCAGCUCACCCUCUACCACACUCUGUCCUCCCUCUGCAACCUCUGCUGCAUCGCGUGCAAUGGCUUGAGCUUGUACUACUUGGCUGCCCGUCUCUCUACCCUGUGA